CGUUAGUGCGGCCCGAGCUGCGCCAGCACCGCCCGAUAACAUAGAGCAUUACACCCCGCUAUAGAGCAUUACACCCCAUUAUACAGAGACCCUGCCAAUAACACAGCAUUAUACAGAGACCUGUAAUGACAGCCCAGCAUUAGACCUGUUAUAGAGAUCCAGACCACUAUCACAGCAUUACACCCAUUAUACAGAGACCCUGACUGGCAUUAUAUCCAGAGAUUCUGACUUAGUGGCUGAUAGCCUAGCAUUAUAUGGAAACUCUGACAAUAGCACAGCAUUACACCAUUAUAUAGCAACCACUGCCAAUAUCACAGCAGAACACCCAUUAUACAGAAACUCAUAACAACAACCAAGCAUUUUAUCAAGAGAUUCUAGCUGACAGGGUGGUAUUAUACAGGGAUCCGGACAAGACAGCCUAGCAUUAGACAUAUACAGGGUCCCUGACCAAUAUCCCAGACUUUACAGCAUUACGUGUUUUAUAUAGACUUUGGCUGGCCAAUAGCACUGCAUUACACCAGUUACAAAGAAUCUGACCAACAUUCAGAGACCCUAACCAACCUUUAUUACCGUUCUUUUACAGAGACCCUGAUCGACAGCCAGAGAUCCUAUCACUGAAGCCAUGUCGGAUCCCCCCUCUUCCACCUCAGCUAGCACAUCAGAUCAAGCUGGGAUCAUCAAAGUCACAGUGAAAACCCCAAAGGAGAAAGAAGAGUUUGCUGUGCCUGAAAAUAGCAGCAUCAGAGAGUUCAAAGAAGACAUAUCAAAGCGCUUUAAGACAAACACAGACCAGCUUGUGUUGAUAUUUGCUGGGAAGAUUUUAAAAGAUCAGGACACUCUCAGUCAGCAUGGAAUCCAUGAUGGGCUUACAGUUCAUCUUGUUAUUAAAACACAGAACAGGUCUACAGCUGCAGCAGCUUCACAGUCAAACAGCCCCAGCAGCCCAGAAACCACAUCUACUACACCAAGUAGCACUGCCACUACAACAUCUACCACGAGUGCUCCAUUUGGUUUAGGAGGCCUCGGAGGACUGGCAGGCCUCAGCAGCAUGGGCAUGAAUGCUUCAAACUUCUCGGAGCUGCAAAGUCAAAUGCAAAGGCAACUCAUGUCCAACCCAGAGAUGAUGGUUCAGAUCAUGGAGAACCCGUUUGUUCAGAGCAUGCUCUCUAAUCCUGACUUAAUGAGGCAAUUAAUUAUGGCAAAUCCUCAAAUGCAACAAUUAAUCCAAAGAAAUCCUGAAAUCAGUCACAUGCUUAAUAAUCCAGAUAUAAUGAGACAGACCUUAGAACUUGCUCGUAAUCCAGCGAUGAUGCAAGAAAUGAUGAGAAACCAAGAUAGAGCAUUGAGCAAUCUUGAAAGUAUUCCUGGAGGCUACAAUGCAUUACGGAGAAUGUAUACGGACAUCCAGGAGCCAAUGCUGAAUGCUGCCCAAGAGCAGUUUGGAGGCAAUCCCUUUGCUUCUCUUGUGAGCAAUGCAGCGCCAAAUGCCGGAAACCAGCCUUCACGUACAGAAAACAGAGAUCCACUACCUAACCCAUGGGCACCUCAAUCCAAUGCUGCAGGUUCUCCGUCCACUGCAGGUGGAGGAAAUAGUCCUUCCACAAAUACUGGCACUAACAGUGGCACCGCCUCUACACCUAGUUCAACAAUGCCAAAUUUGGCCUCAGGCGUUGGAGGCGGUAUGUUCAAUUCUCCAGGUAUGCAGAGCUUGAUGCAACAAAUCACUGAAAAUCCUCAACUAAUGCAGAAUAUGUUGUCCGCUCCAUACAUGAGAAGCAUGAUGCAGUCUCUUAGUCAGAACCCCGAACUAGCAGCACAGAUGAUGCAAAAUAAUCCCCUUUUUGCUGGAAAUCCUCAACUGCAAGACCAAAUGAGACAGCAGCUACCAACUUUCCUACAGCAAAUGCAGAAUCCUGACACAUUAUCAGCAAUGUCAAACCCACGAGCAAUGCAGGCUUUGCUGCAGAUUCAGCAGGGGUUGCAGACUUUGGCAACAGAGGCUCCGUCACUUAUACCAGGUGUUAAUCCUGGGUUUGGAGGUUUGGGGAACACAGUCCCAGCAGCGCCAACAGCUGUUCCAAAUCCAGUGCCCCCUGAAAACACAAGUCCUCUGUCUGGAUUAUCUGAACCAGGGCACCAACAGUUUAUCCAGCAAAUGCUACAGGCCCUUUCUGGUGCUAACUCUCAGAUUCAGAAUCCAGAAGUAAGAUUUCAACCGCAAUUGGAUCAGCUCAGUGCAAUGGGAUUCCUAAACCGGGAAGCUAACUUACAGGCUUUAAUAGCAACUGGAGGAGACAUCAAUGCUGCUAUCGAACGACUACUGGGCUCUCAACCAUCAUAGCAAUCCUUUCCAGAAACAAAAUGUAAUUUAUUUUUGAUAAUGGCUCUUAAGUCUCAAUAAUACACCUGCUUUAUUUCAGUUUGACUCAAGGAAUUCCUUCUCAUAACAAACUUAAGCCCCAUAAAAUUACGUUGGGAUGAAGUGCCGUAGUUUAUCUGAAACAGUGGGAAUCAAAGCUUUUCAUUUGACAGUGUUGCAUGCAUCAGACACCACUUUCUCCCCAUUCCCUGCUGCAUUGCUUGUGAUUUUAAAAUAGAUGCUGCAAUUGGGUUAACCAAUCUUAUUUAACCUUUCAGAUGCCUAACAGGAUUCUUUUUAAAUCAAUAGCCUCUCUGUAGUAAUUUAUGUAGAUACCAAACUACACAGGAAAAAACAUAAGGUUAUAAUUAGUGAUACAUUAUCGCUUUUUGUGACUUUGGCAUGUAUUUUUGCUAGCGCAAUGCUGUAAUAUUCAUUCUGCUUAUCUUUUUUUUUCUUUUUCCUUUUUGUCAGUUCAGAAGGCCCUUUAUCUCCCUGCCCUGCCAGGUAAAUUUAAAAAGAUAGUAAAUUAAAAUGAUUCACUAAUUUUGCAGCAGUAUAUUGAAAGUAGUCUUGAGAGCACACCCUGCAUACAAACGUUCAUUUAGAAAAAUAUUGUGUAACCGCAAGACUUUGUAAGAGAAAUAUAGUCACACAGACAAAUGUAACAGCGUCUUUUACUAAAAGUCCAUCAGUUCAUGUAGAUUUUACAUUAAUCUAGCGGCGUCGGUUGACGAGAAUGUUCUGUUCUUCAUUGAUGGAUUUUAAUCAGCCCUUUCAGUGUGACUUGCGUGUUUAUUUUGGCAUAAUACUAAGUUACACUUUGCACUGUCCCGCAACCUUCCUGCUUCUGAAGUAACUGAAACCUCUUUGUGUUCGACCAGAGGUGACGCUCUGUGUGGCCUAACUUUCACCAUAACUUCAGGGUUUGAAAGUGUCAUGUAAUAUUCUAAUAAUUUUUAACCACAUUGUAAAAACCAAUUUAUCUUGAGUUUUUAUCAAUAGUUCUUUCUCCUGUGCACAGGUAAUAAAUGCCAAUAAUUCUUUC